UAGGAAUAACAAUGCAUUUUAGAGGUAUUGUCUACUAGCCUCCAUCCUUUUUUUUGUCAAGCCAUCUUUAAUAGCUAUAGUUAGUUCUUGAAGAUAGUUGUAAGCCUUUUCUUGGCCUGGACUUCAGCAGAAUACUUCUGGCUCUCCACCAACAUGGUAUCUCCCACUUCUUCUCCCCUCUUUCCCCCUCUCCCCCUUCCCCGCCCUCCCUUCCCCCCGAGAAAUGGCAGAGGCAUGAAAUAGAAGUAGCUUGUAUCGCUGGAUUUUUUGCAGUACAGAAAUAAGUCUGAAGGCAAUUAGACACAUGCCAUUACUGUGUAUUAGUUUCUGUUGCUGGAGUUCAUAACAAUAGGAGGAAAAAGCAUAGUUAUGAGACCAAUAAAGGGCACAGACCAAUAUGGGCAGUUCGACUUAAAUUCUGGAUAAGUGGUAGCAUGGGUAUGUUAAAGGACUGCAGGACACGCACAAAAAAUAGUUGUAUGUGGAAAAUGUUUAUUAGCCAUUUGACUAAACACCCAAUUUCAAAGACAUGAGUCAUUUCUUCCCCUCCUGCUUUCUCUGUUAAACAUCACUCCAGAAGUGACAGUGUUAAUAAAUACAGUGAAAUGGUAUCUCUGUAAGCCAAGCCACAUGGUCACAUGGCUCAGCGUACUGGUUUUAUUUUUAACAUCCCAAACUACUUGAUAUACUUUUCUACUUGGGCUUUCUCUGUCUUUCUGUUUGUUCCUCUUUCUCUGCACCUACGUACCCCUUUCCACCUCACUUCAACACUGCUGAGUGAAACCAAGAGUCUUGGUGCUAUCACAAGGAUCCUAUGAUCAAGAGCCAACCAAGACAGUCCACUGGAGCUAUGGGCAGGCCUCAGAGGAACCCCCCUGGGCAGCACAAACACUGUGAGAAAUGUUUCAGCCAGUACUGCCGAGUCCCCAUCGAGCCCACCAUCUCCUGCAUGGUGAUCAACUGCCACUUGCACUGUGGGGCUGCCUUUCACAAGUGCAAAGAGGAAGAACAUCAACUCCUGUGUCCCCUCGAGCAGGUAGCAUGCCUCAACUCAGCCUAUGGCUGCCCUUUCUCCAUGGCCCGCUUUAAGCUGGCAAAGCACCUUCAGGUCUGUCCAGCCAGCAUUGUGUGUUGCUCUAUGGAAUGGAAUCGCUGGCCGAAUGUGGACUCAGACACUAUCCUACAUCAGAACAUUAUGAAGGAACCACAUAACGAAGAGUGUCUGGAUACAGCACUAGCCUUCCGAGAUCAGAAGAUUCUUUUUAGGAAUCUGAAGGUGGCUGAGCUGUUUCCUGAGUGGAGAGAAGAUGAUGAAAUGGAAGCGCUAAUGGUUGAAGAUGCAGGUUUAGAACAAGGAGCUGUUGGAGGAGCAUUCUGUGGUUCUACAGAAAAUGAUGGCCAAGUGGUAGAGUUGAGCCAACUCGAGCGUGAGGAGUUAGCAAAAGACAAGGAGGGGAUGGACCUGUUAAGUUACAAAGCCUGGGAGAACAUUUUUAGCAAGGAACUUUCAGCUUGCAAAGUAACAGGCUCAUCAGAAACCACAGAAAAAAAGGAAGGUGGAAGCUCCAAGAAAACAGUUCCAGUUUCUUCUGGAGACAAACCCAAAGAGAAGUCAAAGGAGGCAUCUGCCACAGAGGACCCGAAAGAAGACAAAAAACCUCAUGAAAUCAAUAUAUCUGCAGAAAAGACAGGCCUGGCCCCUUGGCAAGAUGGGGUUCUGGAAAGGUUGAAAAAAGAAGUUGAUGUAGGUGGUUAUAACAUGUACCUGGUGCAUCAUGGGAGAAUGCUUAUCCAUUUUGGCCAGUUAGCUGCUUGCACACCCAAAGAAAAAGAUUUUGUCUAUGGGAACUUGGAACAUCAAGAAGUGAAAACCGUCUGUACCUUUAAAGUACCUACCAGCUAUUAUGGCAAAAGAGCACGACUUGGAGAUGCCCUGGGACAUAAGAUGCCAAGUGCGAACAAGUCAGUGGAUACUUCAGAGUUGGGAAUAAACCUGGAAGAAUUACCCAAAUCAGAUAUAGUCAGAACUACACUACUAUGUGCAUUGGAAAAAGAACUGAAAGGUCAUGAGAUAUCCGAAGCAAAGAGUAUUGAUGGACUGUUCAUGGAUUUUGGGACACAGACAUACACAUUUCAGGCAGAACCCUUCUCUGCUAGGGCAACUCUAGCAGAUGUUCUGGAUGCACAAAACCCCGCAGAACUCCAUGUAGAGCUUGACACACAAUGUGUGACUAGAAGGCAUAAUAAAAGCAGCUCAAUCUUCACAUUCAUGUGCAAUCACUUCUUCAGGAGGGAUGAGUUUCCUUCACAUUUCAAGAAUGUGCAUGCUGAUAUCCAGUCGUGUCUGGACAGGUGGUUCCAACACCGUUGUCCCCUUGCCUACUUGGGAUGUACUUUUGUUCAGAAUAAUUUCCGUCCUCCCGGUCAUAAAGCAAAGGUUAUUUAUAGCCAGCCUCUCAAGACACUUGCUAUUAAACCACUGGUUGACCCUGUGCUUUCUGAAUCAGAGAAAUGCAACUUCAAAAUGAGGAUUCAAGUUGAAGAUAAGCACUCUCUAAGCAGCCUCCCAGCAGAACUGCUGAAAUACAUUGCCAGCUUCUUAGAUAGCUUCAGCUUGUCUCAGUUGUCCCAAGUGUCCGUGCUAAUGAGGGACAUCUGUGCCACUCUGCUUCAGGAUAGAGGAAUGGUCUUCCUGCUGUGGGAGAGAAAGAGAUAUUCUCAUGGAGGCACUUCAUGGAGAGCUCGUAAAAAGGCAAGUAACUAAUCUUUGAGAAAGAAGAGAAAGGUAGUUAACUAUGUUAAACUGAAGUCAGGCAAAAGGCAGGACAGGGAUGCACCCUAUAGACUAACUGAAUCAGAGUUGCAGAAGUUUUCAUGAGCACGAGCUCACUUCAUCAGAAAGUGAAUGCAUCUCUGAUUCAAUUAGUCAUUGAGAAAGAAACAAUAUUUGUAGGAUAGGCUCAUUAAAAAG